AUGCCGCAACGCAGGAUCGGAAACACGACCGUGCCAGCCAUAGACUUCGGUGCUAUGAGCUUAGGGGGAAAUAUUUACCACUCACCAGAAGGGACACAGUCCGACGAAGAAUAUCUCAAGGUGCUAGAUGCUGUCUAUGAGCGUGGAUGUACUCAUGUAGAUACAGCGAACGCGUAUAAUGACUCUGAAGUGCUCAUUGGCAAGUGGCUCAAAAAGACGGGCGAACGCUCCGAGAUCUUCCUCGCCACAAAGUUUGGCUUCUUCUCUCCGAAUGACAAGGCCGCAGACCUUGCCUGGGUCACGGAGAAUCUCGACACCUCUCUCAGCAGGUUGUGUGUGGAGAGUGUGGAUCUGUGGUACCUCCACCGAACUGGCAAGACCAAAUACAUCGGCCUUUCCGAAGUCUCCGCCCAGACCCUCCGCCGAGCGCACGCCGUUCAUCCCAUCGCAGCACUCCAAGUCGAAUUCUCUCCCUUCACACUAGAUGUCAUGGACGAGAAGAUCGCUCUUCUGAUGACCGCACGCGAGCUUGGCGUCACGGUCAUUGCGUACUCGCCUCUCGGAAGGGGUCUGCUCACAGGACAAUACAGAAUGAUUUCAGGCGGAUUCGGCGGAGAACUGGCCGAACAUUAUGAAGCUCCCGGAGGGGUGGCGUUAGCAUGGUUGCUUGCCCAGGGAGAUGAUAUCAGUCCUAUUCCUGGAACGAACAAGGUCAGGUAUCUGGAUGUGACGUUGACGAAGACGGAAGUGGAGGAGAUCACGAAGAUUGCUUGGGGUCGGAUGAUGUAUCCUUCCUCGAUGAUGCACUUGUUGUUCGCAGAUACCCCAGCACUGUGA